AUGGGGUCGUUGGGGAAGGAUGCGGCGGGGGAGCGGGUGGUGCUGGCGGUGAACGGCGUGCGGCGCGAGGCCGCCGGCGUCGACCCGUCGACGACGCUGCUGGAGUUCCUCCGCACGCGCACGCCCGUCCGGGGGCCCAAGCUCGGCUGCGGCGAAGGUGGGUGCGGCGCAUGCGUGGUGCUCAUCUCCAAGUACGACCCGGCCACCGACGAGGUGACCGAGUUCUCCGCGAGCUCCUGUCUGACGCUCGUAGGCAGCCUCAACCACUGCUCGGUCACCACCAGCGAGGGCAUCGGCAACACCCGCGAUGGCUACCACCCCGUCCAGCAGCGCCUCGCCGGCUUCCAUGCCUCCCAGUGCGGCUUCUGCACCCCCGGCAUGUGCAUGUCCAUCUUCUCCGCCCUCGUCAAGGCCGACAAGCCCGGCGCCGCCGGGGAGCCCGCCCCACCGCCGGGGUUCUCCAAGCUCACGUCGUGCGAGGCGGAGCACGCAGUCUCCGGCAACCUCUGCCGAUGCACGGGCUACAGGCCCAUCGUUGACGCCUGCAAGAGCUUCGCCGCCGACGUCGACCUCGAAGACCUCGGGCUCAACUCCUUCUGGAAGAAGGGCACCGACCGCGCCGACGUCGGCAAGCUGCCGGAAUACACCAGCGGCGCCGUCUGCACCUUCCCGGAGUUCCUCAAGUCUGAGAUCAAGGCCUCCGUUGAUCAGCAGACGAACAAUGUGCCGGCGGCGAUAGCCAGCGAAGAUGGCUGGUACCAUCCCAGGAGCAUCCAGGAGCUCCAUUGCCUCUUCGACUCCAACUGGUUCGACGGAAAUUCAGUCAAGAUCGUGGCGUCAAACACCGGCGCCGGAGUGUACAAGGAUCAAGACCUCUAUGAAAAGUACAUCGACAUCAAAGGGAUCCCGGAGCUCUCCGUCAUCGACAGGAGCAGCAAGGGGGUGGAGAUCGGGGCAGCCGUGUCCAUCUCCAAAGCCAUCGAGGUCUUCUCCGAUGGCACUCCGGUCUUCAGAAAGAUCGCCGGUCACCUCAGCAAGGUGGCCUCGCCGUUCGUCCGGAACACGGCGACCGUCGGCGGGAAUGUGAUCAUGGCGCAGCGGCUGCAGUUCCCAUCCGACAUCGCCACCGUUCUUCUCGCUGCCGGCUCCACGGUCACCAUCCAAACGGCUUCCAAAAUGCUGUGCCUGACGUUGGAGGAAUUUCUGGAGCAGCCUCCCUGUGAUGCCAAGACCAUACUGCUCAGCAUAUUUGUCCCUGACUGGGGUUCAGACAAUGUCAUCUUCGAGACAUCUCGUGCAGCCCCCAGACCAUUCGGCAAUGCUGUGUCCUAUGUGAAUUCUGCAUUCCUGGCAAGGACUUCAGGGGAUGCAGCAACAGGGGAGCUCAUCGUCGACGAAAUCUGCCUCGCGUUCGGCGCCUACGGUGUCGAUCACGCGGCACGGGCUCGGAAGGUGGAGGAAUUCUUGAAGGGGAAAUCAAUGAGUGCAUCUGUGAUACUUGAAGCGGUUCGGUUGCUGAAAGAUGUUAUCUCGCCGUCAGAAGGCACCACACACCCUGAGUACAGAGUCAGCCUGGCUGUCAGUUUCUUGUUCAGUUUCCUGUCUUCACUUGCUACCGACCUGGAUGAACUGGCGAAGGCUAUUACUCCCAAUGGUUUAUCUACUAAUGGAACUAUGAAUCGAAAUGGCGCAUCCUCGCUAGAAAAGCAAAGUAAGGUUGCCAGCAAUGAUUUGCCGAUCCGCUCAAGGCAGGAACUGGUUUUCACCGAAGAAUAUAAACCUGUCGGCAAGCCAUCCACAAAAGCGGGGGCCGAGCUACAAGCUUCUGGGGAGGCUGUGUAUGUUGAUGACAUCCCUGCUCCCAAGGAUUGCCUCUACGGAGCAUUUAUCUACAGCACACACCCUCAUGCCCAUAUCAAAGGCGUCAACUUCAAAUCAUCUCUGGCUUCAAAAAAGGUCAUCACCGUUAUCUCCGCAAAGGACAUUCCUGCCGGUGGAAGGAAUAUUGGAUCCAGCUUCCCGGGGCUAGGAGAUGAACCGCUAUUCGGUGAUCCGGUUUCUGAAUUUGCCGGUCAAAAUAUUGGCGUUGUGAUUGCUGAAACACAGAAGUAUGCCUAUAUGGCGGCGAAGCAAGCCGUUAUCGAGUAUAGCACCGAGAACCUUGAGCCGCCCAUCCUGACAAUAGAGGAUGCCAUCCAACAUGACAGCUACUUCCAUCCUCCCCCGUUUUUGGCUCCUAAGCCAGUUGGGGAUUUCGAGCAAGGGAUGUCUGAAGCUGAUCACAAGAUCUUAUCAGGAGAGGUGAAACUUGAAUCACAGUACUACUUCUACAUGGAGACUCAGACCGCCUUGGCCAUCCCCGACGAAGAUAACUGCAUCACCGUCUACGCCUCGACGCAGAUACCCGAGGUCACGCAGAAUGUCGUCGCGGACUGCCUCGGCAUUCCGUAUCACAAUGUUCGCAUCAUCACAAGAAGAGUUGGCGGCGGCUUCGGUGGGAAGGCAAUGAAAGGAUGCCAUGUGGCAUGUGCGUGUGCAGUUGCAGCGUUCAAGCUGCGGCGCCCUGUCCGGAUGUACCUCGACCGCAAGACGGACAUGAUCAUGGCCGGAGGGCGGCACCCGAUGAAGGUGAAGUACUCCGUGGGGUUCAAGUCGGACGGCACACUCACGGCGCUGCACCUCGACCUCGGGAUCAACGCUGGGAUAUCGCCGGAUGUGAGCCCGGCGCUCCCGUCGGCCAUCGUCGGUGCUCUGAAGAAGUACAACUGGGGCGCCCUGGCCUUGGACGUCAAGGUGUGCAAGACGAACGUCUCGUCCAAGUCAGCCAUGCGCGGCCCCGGCGACGUGCAGGGCUGCUUCAUCGCGGAGGCCAUCAUCGAGCACGUCGCGUCGGCGCUCGCGGCCGACACCAACACCGUCCGGAGGAAGAACCUCCACGGCUUCGAGAGCCUCACGAAGUUCUACGGCGACGCCGCCGGCGAGGCCUCGACGUACAGCCUCGUUGAAAUCUUCGACAAGCUGGCCGCGUCGCCGGAGUAUCGGACCAGGGCGGCCGUGGUGGAGAGGUUCAACGGCGGGAGCAGGUGGAAGAAGCGGGGCAUCUCGUGCGUGCCCAUCACGUACGAGGUGAGGCUCCGGCCGACUCCCGGGAAGGUGUCCAUCCUGAACGACGGGUCCAUCGCCGUCGAGGUCGGCGGCGUGGAGAUCGGGCAGGGGUUAUAUACCAAGGUGAAGCAGAUGACGGCGUUCGGGCUGGCUGAGCUCUGCUCCGACGCCGACGAGCUCCUCGACAAGGUGCGUGUCAUCCAGGCCGACACGCUGAGCAUGAUCCAGGGCGGCUUCACCGGCGGGAGCACCACCUCCGAGACCAGCUGCGAGGCGGUCCGGCUGUCGUGCGCCACGCUUGUGGAGCGGCUCAAGCCCAUCAAGGAGAGCAUCGAGUCCAAGUCCGGCGCCCCUGCGCCAUGGAAGGCCUUGAUUACCCAGGCGACCAUGGCGAGCGUGAACCUGUCGGCGCAGGCGUACUGGACGCCUGACCCAGCCUUCGUGAAGUACAUCAACUACGGAGCCGCCGUCAGCGAGGUGGAAAUCGACGUGCUGACUGGGGGCACGACGAUCCUGAGGAGCGACCUUGUCUACGACUGUGGGCAGAGCCUGAACCCGGCGGUGGACCUCGGCCAGGUGGAGGGCGCGUUCGUGCAAGGGGUGGGGUUCUUCACGAACGAGGACUAUGCGAGGAACGCCGACGGGCUGGUGGUGAACGACGGCACCUGGACGUACAAGAUCCCUACGGUUGACACCAUCCCUAAGCAGUUCAACGUGGAGCUCAUCAACAGCGCGCGCGACCAGAAGCGCGUGCUCUCCUCCAAGGCGUCCGGCGAGCCGCCGCUGCUGCUGGCGGCGUCGGUGCACUGCGCCAUGCGGGAGGCCAUCAGGGCGGCCAGGAAGGAAUUCAAGGCCAACUCGCCGCUGACGUUCCAGAUGGACGUGCCGGCGACCAUGGCCGACGUCAAGGAGCUGUGCGGCCUCGACGUCGUCGAGAGGCACCUUCAGAGCCUCAGCUCCGCCGCCACCAGCGCCGCCGUGAAGGCGUGA